GGUAGCUAAAGUAAUUUAUCUCCAACUUAUUUUCUUCUGUGAUUUCUUUUUCUACUUAAUAUAUACAAGUUUCAGUGGUUCUAUAAAUAUUAUCAUCAUGGGAAUUUAUAUCUUUUUGAUGUGUUGUAUUUUCAUAGAAAAUGCAUAAUGCACUCAUGCUCAAUUUUGUCCUUUUUUCUUUUUUCGAAAUUAACACUUAAUUUGUUCUUGAAACAUAAAAGCUUGCACUACUGCACUUUUUUUUUUCUUUGCCCUUUUUCUUUUUGCUCAUGUGAUAACUGAUAAAGCAAUGGAAAAAGGUAUUAUUUGUUAUUUUUAUCCUUCCUAUAGAAUCCUCAAAGUGAAAGCUAACUUGGUUUUUCUGUCUGCUAGAUUUGUAAGUGAUAAUAAUUUGUUCUCAUGUGGUGUGUGUGUGUGUGUGUGUGGGUAGGUGUUUCAGGAUGUUGGAGUGGUGAAACCCAAGGAAGAGACAACUCCAAAUAUAAGCUCCAAUCCUAGUAUGUUAGAGAGAAAGGUUAGGGCAGAGAAGAAGCAAGCCUUAAAUUGUCCAAGAUGUAAUUCAACCAACACCAAAUUCUGUUACUACAACAACUACAGUCUCACUCAACCAAGAUACUUCUGCAAAACCUGUAGAAGGUACUGGACUGAAGGUGGAUCUCUCAGAAAUGUUCCUGUUGGUGGAUGUUCAAGAAAGAACAAGAAGAUAUCUACCGCUAUAUCCUACAAACUCCCUGAUCUGAACCCACCAACCCUUUCACAGUUUUCUUCUCAAAACACUAAGACCAAUGACGAAGCCCAUGAUCUUAACCUAGGCUUACCGGGUACACAAGAAUAUCACGGUGUUUCUCAAUUUCUUAAGCUGCCCAAAAUUGAAAACAACUACAUGACCAAUCACCAUAAUUCUUCUUCAUCGACACUUUCAACCCUAGGGCUGCUUAGGUCUGGAAUUGACUCCACGGGGUUCAUCCCAACAAUGAUGAAUCCGGAUUCAAAUACACCAUACACAUCAGUGUUUCCUUUGCAUGACUUCAAACCAACCUUUAGUUCUUAUACUGAUGGGGUUGGGAGUACGUAUGGAAUUGUUGUUGAUGGGGUUCAAGGGAAUGGUGGAAGAAGGCUAAUGUUUCCUUUUGGAGAAACAACUGAAGUUGAUCAGAAUAAAGGACAAGGGAAUUCAACUGGAUACUCAAAUGGAAUGCUAGGUGGGAGAUCAUGAUAAAAUAAUACACAAAGGAAUAAGAAAGCAAGAAGUUUUUUCUUAUUUCUCUCUCUUUCCUUAAUCUCUUCUGAUAACAUGGUGGUGGUGUACUGGCUUGUUUGGAGGUUUUGAGAACUAACUAGUUGAAAAAUAUAUAGUUUCCUUGGUUCUUCACAGCAUGUAUUCAUUGAUUACUGUGAAAGUUUGAAGCUCAUGGUUUCCCUAAUUAAUGAUCAGAGCAGGAGCAGGAGCUAUAGAUAAAAAAAAAAAAAAAAAAAAAAACAAGCAAGCAAGGGAUCUCAUGGUCUCAAUAUAUUUACCAAAUGGGCAGUUACAAAUUUGCAAGCAUUACGAUAUAAGAAGGUUGGGCAAUCUGUCUGUCCAUUGGA